AUGGGUUUGUGCAAGUACGAAUACACUGAGGAUAAUCUGAAGAGUGUACAAUCUUAUGUAUGUAAGAGGUUUGGUCACCUGUGCUCUGUCGAGCCUUGUGAUUCACCGCCCUCCUUGUGGGCUGUGUCUUGUUUCAGAUGUGGUCAGCUGGGUCAUACUGGACUGUCCUGUGGUAGAUACAUCGAGGGAAGCCCCGAAAUACUGAGUGAAUUUGAUCGUAUCAAAGAAGCUGAGAAUAAAAAGAAACAUGGUGAAAAAGCUCUUGCUACUUGUGCAGCCAAUCAUGCUGAUCUCGAGAAGGAGAAGAAGAAGAAGAAGCAGAGGUUAGAUGGAGAAAGGGUUUCAAUUGUAAUAGAGGAUUCUACUCCUCAUGAAUCCAACAGGACUAUGAUGAAGAAGAAGAAGAGAAAGAAUGAUGGAAACUUGGAAAAUCAUUCUACUCUUCAUGAAUCCAACGGGAAGACGAAGAAGAAUAACGUUGAGCUGGAACCGAGUUUUACUACCCAUGAAUCCAACAGGAAGAAGAAGAAGACCAAGAAAGUUAAAGGUGAACAGCCCCCUAUAGAAGAGAAACCAAAUCUUAGGAGUGGUUGGAUAACAGAGGAUCUGGAAGAAAAUCCUUUCCACAGAGGAAAGAUCAGGAGGCUGAGUUCGCCCACUGCAGCAUCGGGUCAAGAUCACCAUACUUUACCUGUUUCACAACCAGAUUCAUCAUUUGAGUAUGAUAGGCAUCUCUGGGGUCCUCCACCUUCAAGGCUGUGGCAUCAUGACUAUCCUCCUACCUCUCCCAUUGCACCAUUAGAUCAUAGCCACCAUCGAUUGCCCGCUACACCACCGGGUCAUUACCAUAGGUCACCAACAUUAAGUUCUAGCGGGCCUUAUAUGGAUUCUCUGUCCACAGUACCAUGUGGUGGUCACCAUAGAUAUUCAUCAUUUGAGUCUAACAGGCUUCUCUUGGAUCCUCCAUUUUCAAGUCUGAGGCAGAGUUACUAUUCUCCUACCUCUCCCACUGCACCCUCAGGUCACGACCACCAUCUGUUACCCCUUACACCUUUGGGCCAUAGCCACAGGUUACUAAUAUUCAGUUCUGGUGAGCAUCACACUAAUUCUCUGUUGACCAUACCACCACAUGGUGAAAACCAUAGAGAUUCAUCCUUCGAGUAUGAUGGGCGUCACUUGGAUCCUCCAAUUUCAAGGUGGCAGCCUUAUCAUCAAUUUACCUCUCCCAUUACACCAGCAGGUCAUAAUCACCAUAUGUUACCCAGUACAUAUCUGGAUCGUAACCAUAUGUUAUCCAGUACAUAUGAGGGCCAUAACCAGAGAGCACCAACAUUCAAUUCCUGUGGGCCGUAUCCGAGUCCUUUGUCAAGCACACAAUAUGGUGGGAACCAUAGAAACUCACCAUUCGAGUCUAAUGGGCAUCUCUCGGGUCCUUUAACUUCAAGGUGGCAUCCUUAUUAUCCUCCUACAUCUUCACAUCAUCAUCAUCAUCAUCAGCAGCAGCAGAACAUAUAUGGUCGUGCAACCUCAAGGUAUGAUCCGCCCCACCACUACAUCGAAUUUUCAGGCAGCUAA